AUGAGUGUUGAAUGUUUUCCUUUCCCAGCAGGUUCCCCAUGGGUCAUCUUGAGCCGAUCCUUCCUGGAGUUUUGCAUAUUUGGCUGGGAUAAUUUACCUCGAACACUCCUGAUGUAUUUUACAAACGUCAAGUUAUCCCAAGAAGGUUACUUUCACUCAGUCAUUUGCAAUGCACCAGAAUUCAAGAACACAACAGUAAAUGCUGACUUAAGAUAUAUGAUCUGGGACAAUCCUCCAAAGAUGGAGCCCCUCUUCCUUAAUGUAUCUGUUUAUGACCAGAUGGUAGAAAGUGGUGCUGCUUUUGCUAGACAGUUUGAAGUAGGUGACCCAGUUUUGGACAUGAUUGAUAAAAAGAUACUAAAGCGUGGACGUAAUCGAGCUGUGCCUGGGGCAUGGUGCUUGGGCCGGAGGAGCUGGUGGGUGGAUCCAUGCUCACAAUGGGGUGAGGAUGUGAAUGUUCUGAAGCCUGGUCCUCAGGCUAAGAAGCUCGAGGAUUCUGUUUCGAACCUUCUUGAUGAUUGGAGCUCACACACAAAUCAGUGUGUUACUGCAGAUGAAGAGAUACAAGACUAG